AUGCACAAGCUGUACAUCGGGAAUCUGGGCGAGUGCGUGACCGCCGAGGACCUGGAGAAGACCUUUGACGAGCACAAGAUCCCCUACUCCGGACAGUUCCUCAUGAAGAACGGCUACGCGUUCGUGGACUGUCCGGACGACCAGUGGGCAAUGAAGGCCAUCGAGACGUUCUCCGGUAAAGUGGAGCUCCACGGGAAGCGUAUUGAGGUGGAGCACUCCGUCCCCAAAAAGCAAAGGUACUCCCCCCUCCCCUGCACAGGCCGUCCUUUCUGGCCCCCCGCCCGGGCUCUGGUGCAGUGGUUUCCCACGGACGUGUGGCUGGGGUUUGCGUUAAUGCUGCAGCUCCGUUGUUCCUCGCUUAAAACCCCCCAGUGGGGGACAUUUCCUGCUGGCGGGCCGGCUGGGGAUGCCGGCCGAAAGGCGAAGGCGGCCUACGUGGCUGGCCUCCCCCCGGCAGCCAGGGGGCUGCUGGCGGAACACAGCCCUUAUUCCCCGGCCCGAAACUAUUCUGGGGACCGGGCGCUCUUGCCGCUGCCCUGCCGCGCACGGCGCCGCAGCCUGUUGGCAGGAAUCCGCUGCUAG